UUAGCGUCGGUGGCGUCUCUCCUAACCUUCGUUGAGAAAUCAAUAAUCCACGCGCCAUUUCAUUGGUAGCAGAUCUCUCCUUCCUCCUCUGACCUCUCUCUCCAUCGCGCAGAUCCAGCACCGCCAUGGCCGCCGCCUCCCCUCCCCUCCUCCCCACCACCGUCCUCCCCGCCAACGCCACCGCCACCGUCUCCCCCGCCCCCACCUCCGUCUCCUCCGCCGACGCCAACCCUGCCGCCACGCGCGCCUUCCUCGCCCGCCUCCUCGACUCCGUCAAGCGCGCGCUCUCGGGGGCGCGCCCCUGGCCGGAGCUCAUCGACCGCAGCGCCCUCUCCCGCCCGGAAUCCCUCUCCGACGCCGGCGCCCGCCUCCGCAAGAACCUCGCCUACUUCCGCGUCAACUACGCCGCCAUCGUCGCCCUCUCCCUCGCCGCGACCCUCCUCGCCCACCCCUUCUCCCUCGCCGCGCUCCUCGCCCUCCUCGCCGCCUGGUGCUUCCUCUACCUCCUCCGCCCCUCCGACGCGCCCCCGCUCGCCGCCUUCGGACGCACCUUCUCCGACAGGGAGACCCUCGGGGGACUCAUCGUCGCCUCCGCCUUCGUCGUCUUCCUCACCUCCGUCGGAUCCCUCAUCUUCUCCGCGCUCGCCCUCGGCGCCGCCAUUGUCUGCGCGCACGGCGCAUUCCGCAUCCCCGAGGACCUCUUCCUCGACGAGCCAGACCAGGCCAACGGCGCCGCCUCCGUCAACCUGCUCUCCUUCAUCACCAGCGCCACCGGAGGCCGCGUCUGAUCCUCCUCCUCGCGCAUGCAUUCCAAGCAAAGGUCAUAAAUUCUUUUUAUAUUAUACCUAUGAGACAAACACUAUCAUUUAUUCGUAUGGUGAUCGAUGUAGAACAAAAAAAAAUUAGGGGAGAAUGAUACUGCUAUAAGAUGCAUAUAUGAUUUUGUCGAUGAUCUAGUUUUGUUUCCUUUUGCAUUUGAUGUAUGAGAAACUUGAGAGCAAAAAGAAGAAUUCUGUUAUUGAUCCUGAUAUUGAUGUGAUCCGUCUCAUCAAUCGUGCCGGUUCUGUUAUAAAAUUCACAAAUUUGUUUUGGUUUGAUGGAUGAUUCAUAAGCCAUCUCAUUCUGUAAAGAUGAUAUACAUGAAUCUAGGUUAAUCAAAUAAUGUUGGAUCUGAUAUUGUACAUCUUCAUUUGAACAUUAUACAAGGAUGAGAGAUUUCGUUUGUC